AUGGGGCACACGGUACUCCUCAACUCCGUGGCCAGAGUGUGGUUUAAAAACCGACGAGCGAAAUGGAGAAAACGCGAACGCAACGCCAUGAAUGCAAUGAAUGCGGCAGCUGAAUUCAAAACUGGUUUUGGUACACAAUUCAACGGUUUGAUGCCCUCGUUUGGAGAUGAAACCUUAUAUUCGUCGUAUAGCUAUAACAAUUGGGCGAGUAAAGUACCAAGUCCGUUAGGAACGAAACCUUUUUGGCCAGUGGUACCAUCAAAUCAUCAUCAAAGUCCAGUGAACUGUUUCAAUUCCGCAACGUCAGUUGCGUCGAUGACUGGUGCUGCAAGUUCCAUGCUUCCCGGCGCAAUGGGAACGGGUUUAUCGACAACACCCACCGCCGUCGCCGCUCAACCCUGUCCAUAUACAACACCUGCAAAUCCAUACACCAUGUAUCACCACCGCGCAGCCGCAGAACCGUGCUCGGCGAUGUCUUCGAGUAUCGCAUCAUUAAGGUUAAAGGCGAAACAACAUUCGGGUUUUGUAGGCUAUUCCAGUGUAAGUCCUGUACGAACUAGUUCGGCAGGAUUGUCAGCGUGUCAGUACGCAGGAAGUGGGAUUGGGGUUGGAGAAAGGACUGGCUGAGAACACGAUCAGCCCUUAGGGGCCGAAUUAAAGCAUGAAAAUCAGGAUGAUUGAUAUAUGUAACUAAAUCAAGCGUGAAUGUUGCGUCAACCAGUGAGUGAAAGUGUUAUGACAAUUGCGCCAAAUAUAGCAAUAGCAAUCGUUACAGAAGUUUAUAAAUAAUGUGAAUAAUCGGCUCUUGGAUGUACAUUUUGUACAAAAUAGUUUUAAUGUAGCGAGUUCAUUCAGUGGCUCUUGCGUUGACAGAUUAGCAAUCCCUGAUGGUUCCAGUAUUUUCAGUAAUUAAUUUACAGUAUUUUGUUCUGUAGCAUAAUCUGUUGUAAUUUAAUUACGAAUCAGUACAAAAUGUUCCUGUAAAGUUUGUGCCAUAAAUGUCAUAAGUUACCAAGUGUUACGUGUAACCAAAGAUUUUGUUAGAUUUGUAAAUUAUUUUUGAAUAUUGAGAUUGAAGAGCGGAUAGUGGCUCUAGUACAAAGGCUGCAUAGUGCAAUGUAAAUAUAGGUAUUUUAAAUGAUGUACCUACACGUCUGAUGUAAAAUAGUUUUUAGAAUACCAUAGUCAAAACUUAAUAUUGUACCUUAUUAUUGAUUCUAUUAUACUCUAACCAUUU